UAUUGAUUAUUCGCAUGCAGUUUUGUAGGUCUGAUACACAUUCAGUGACAUGUCUGUAUACCUUAUAUGAAAGAGUACAGAUCAGCAGUUAUUCGACUUUUGUAGCGCUGUUGGAACUAUUCUUAUUGACCAUACCCAGCAUCGUCCUGCAGGACCAACUUUCUGGCAAGCAAGAGAUCCCGACGGCGUGAUUCCGGCAGAGUCCAAGAUGGCGUCCAUUACCGGAAGUGCCCAGGUUGCAGCAGCUACGUGUCUCGUGUGCUUUGGGGAUGCUACAAAGCUGAAGACAGUUGAACCUUGCAAACAUUUCUUCUGCAUAGAUUGCCUCGACAAACACCUCACCAACAACCCUACAGGCGGGGACCAUUUUCCCUGCCCGUGUUGCAUGAAGGAGUGUCUGCUGCCUCCGAGCGGAGUUGCUGGUCUUGACGACUGGAGUAGAGUGCCUGGUGAGACACCAGAAGAUGUUGAGCCAUCCAGCGGAGGUGGUGUAGCUGCAGCUACGAAGACCACGGGCCCAACGACAAGUAAACGACCAUGCCGAAUAUGUGAAUGCAGGGGUAAUAGUCCAACACCUGAUGCCGAAUUUUGCUGUGAACAGUGCCGGAAUGUGCUUCUCUGCAAAUCCUGUGCUGAUCAACAUAAAUUGUUACCAGUGACCAGUCACCACGUGGUGACUACUCUAUGCGAUCUAAACACUGGUUAUAUGGGAUGUAGCCGUCAUCACAUGCCUUUGGACAUGUUUUGCAACUCGUGCGAAUGCUCAGGGUGCUGUUUGUGUGUCCUCUUGGAUCACGGUGACCAUGGCAUUGUGGAAAUAGGAAGAGUGAUCCAAAAUGAGGUAAAUGACUUGCAGGAUGUAUUAAGCACGGGGACGACCAAGAUCAUUGAGCUUGACCAGCUGAGGGAUGAGACAGGUGCUGCCCGAGAUGUCGUCUUGAACUGGCGCGGUGGCAUGAUUCAGCAAGUCGAAGAGGCGACAGAAAAGGCUAUCAACCGACUCCUUGAGCAGAAGGAGAAACUCAAAGAUGCCAUCAAGCGAGGGUGCGAUGUGUCCGGGAUGACAGAUAUGUUACAAAAGAUUCCCGAGGUGGUAGAGUCGAUCCAGAAGGAAGUUGAAAAAGGACAGGCCAUCUUGACGAGAAAGAAACUCGAUUCAGGUUUCCUUUCAGAGUUGAAGAAAGCAAGGAAGGAGCUAGGUGCUGUACUGGAAUCAGACAACCUUGAACGUGACCUUCACUGGAAGAAACUGCGAGAGUCGUUGCCGAUUUUUAAGGAGAGUGAACAGCUGAAGGAUAUGGAUUUGGGGCAGAUUGGUCAGUUCAACUAUGAUACACGUGAAAUAAAAGCUACGCGCCAAGUUCACUUCAUUUAUGAUAAUGAAGAUGCAAUAAUUCACAGUGUUGUCGCCAGUGUAGGACUAAAUGACUUCGUGCUUGCCGCAUCCUUUGACCCAUCACCAAAAGCAAAAUGUAUUUGUCACGAUCACCACGACAAAUCCGGUAAACCGACUGACCGAACCUUGAUUGACAACGGAGUUGUAGAUAUGGCUGCUACAACCGACGGUGGAAUUGCAAUCCUACACUUGGUAGACUUGUCAGUAGAGGAAAACCAGAAUGAGAAUAAGGCCAUGGCCCUGACAGUAUUUACGCCCAACGAGGGGAACCAAACAGGAGAACUCGUUUGCAACAAUCUUGAAAAAGCCGUUUCAUUCUCCACUGACAUUCGUGGACAAUUUGUUGUGCUAUCAAACAAGGCGGAUGAUACCCAGGAAAUUGCUGUCUUGAAUAAGAGCGGCAGUGUGAUAGAUACUUCUGAAACUCACAAUCGUUGUCUUAGGCGAGUAGCGUGUGGGGGGAAAUUCAUAUUCAUUCUCGGUACAGGAUGUGUUGACGUUUAUAGAAUUGAGAAGGGGAAAAUCACUUUUGUCGAUUCAGUUACCGUACACCGAGACGCCGAUGACAUCACUGCAACUCCAUCUGAUGAUGUAUUUGUCUCUGUUUCAAAGUCAACUGACCAUGAAUUGUGUGUAGAUGUAGUCAAGGUUUUCCACCUUGGCAAUUACUUGAAACGACACCCUUCCCUGCUUAAUAUGACCAGGAAAGUAAGCGGACAAUCUCGUCUUGAUAUCAUACACACUUGGAUAAUUGUAUCACGAGGGAGCUGUGGGUCUCUGUAUCAGUUACAAAAUGCGGCUUGAUAUUAAAAGAAGAACUUAAAACCAACAAACACUACUUGAUUUCAGGAGAUUGCAGACAGUAUGAGAGCAUGUCCUUCUCCGGUGUUACAUAUGGCAGUGUUUUCCUUAUAAUUCCCCUAUUCACGGUUAAGGAGGCUACUAACGAACAACAACCAGCCGAGGCGGCAAACCCUCGCACCGAAUCGUUCACAGAUUAUCGCAAUAAUACCCCGGCAUUAUCGCGUGCCACCUCAAAAUAUAACUGUCUUCGAACAUUUCCACGCACGAGUGGUCUUGUAAUACACUGCGUACAUUCGUGCAUUGUGGUUCGUUGGUAGUGUACCUGGGGACGGGAAAAAGCCUGAGGUACGUGACGUAGCCAACAGACACCACUUGUUUCAACCUUGUAUAUCUCAAAAACUGUACCUGCUGUUGGAUGUCUUGAAACUUAUGAUAUCUAGAGAUAUGGAUUAUGUCUGUUAUCAGAAAAAAAAUGGAUCUUCACAGCUGACUUAUUCUUUCCAUGAUAGCAAAAACAAACCUGCCUACUGGACAGAGACAUGUCUUUAUCCACGACCGGAAGUGUGGCACAGUCAAAUAGAGCUUAUUAAAAUGUCAAGUUGUGGUAAAUACAUGGCUGGGAUGGGUCAAAGCGGAAUUAAUUCUCAAUCUGUGGUUGAUUUUAAAUGGAGUCAGGCAACAGAAAUAUGCUUUUUUUAAUACAUGUAUACUUAAGAAAAUGUGGUCUCACUGGUCAGUUUAGAACUUGUCCCUAUUUUAUAGGACCAUAUCAAUGCGCGAGUGACGAUUAUAUGGAUAUGCUGUAUAGAAGUAAUUUUCUUUUCUACUUUUUUGGGAAACAAAUGUAUGGGCGCCAUCCAUAUGGGAGAGUUUCCAUUAAUAUGGGCGUAUAUUCAGAUGGGCGUGGCACAGUCGAUCCGGCCCACAUACAUCGGCGUGGAGUAAAUCAUGGCCACCUAUCUGGCCCUAUUCUAAAAACUAAUAGGACUUUCAUAAGGCUGAUUGGACGUAUCGUUCAUUAGCAUCUCAACACUGCUGUAUCGGAUGAUAUAAAAUUCAGAAUAAUCUGAAAUAAUAUAAUAGUAGGAGCUUAUUCAUCUGUUCAAAUCAAAUUCCUUUUGUUACAAUUGGGUACUUUGUACCAAGCCAAAUCGAAAAAGAUUAAUCUGGUAUAUUCGUAUCUUUAUCAAUUUUUCAUAUAAUUGUGCACGAAAAAAAAAAAAUAAUUAAUUGCAUUUUCCAAUGGGAACAUUGAAUGAUUGAUGAUAUUCCAUACAUGUAAUUAAUGGCAUUAUAGGAAAUCAUUAAUCCACAUCAAAUGGUAUAAAAGUGAUUUAGUGAGACGAUGCAAGUAACGCCUGAUUUGCAUCAGAAUUGUAACGGAACUGAAUCUGUAAUUUCUAAAGCGAUUUGGACAUGGCUGCUACCAUUCUCCAAAGCAGUUAUAAUAUGAUCUCUCUGCCACUAAUAGCUUCCAUGUUGGAAAGUCUCUGUAGUACAUUAUACAUUGCCAUUGCGCAGUGUAAUUGAACUGAAAAUGGCCGUGGCCACAGAUUCGUACUCACGUUG